UGGAAUUUAUUGAUUUGAAACACUGGUUGAAGUCGAUACCUGAUGGCCAUGAAAAUAUAUUGAUGACGAUUUUUGUGUCUGCCUCUGUGUUGUCUCGCUUUCUCUUUGUACAUCUCGGUGUGUGUGUCUCUCUGUACCUCUGUGUCUCACUUUCUGUGUGUGUGUCUCUCUCUCUCUCUCUGUGUUUGUUACUGUGUGCAUGCACCCAUGUGUCUGUCUCUCUCUACCUCUCUCUCUCUCCACCCAUCACUGUCGGACCUUGUCCCAGGCCAGAGUGGUGUUGAUGACAUGAUAAUGUUGGAACAGAAAGCACAGCAGGCGGCUGGAGAAGCUGAUAAGGACAAACCCAAACUGAAAGAGAAGAUCCUCUUCGUCAGGAGUGACGCCUCUCGCAGUGAACUUGCUGAACUAGCCAAACAGGCUAACCCAGACGCGAUCAACAUCGAUGAUGAAGAGGGAGAUGGAGAACCAGACGAGGUGCAGCUCGAGCAGAAGAGCAUCCCUACGGCUGUGUUCGGAGGACUGAAGGACGACUGAACGCAUUAUCACUGAUGUUUAUCACAAACAUCACACCUCAGCAUCCUGUUAUAGACAGAAAUAGGAGAUAUUUGCCAAAUGCAAAUGAGCGGAUUUGAAUUGGUCGAGCUUCUGUACACUUCCUGCUGCUGAGUUAAUGGCAUGUCCGGUAUCUGCAUCAGCAUGAUGAGCAAAGUUCCAGAUAUGAACACAGGGGGACGCUCUUUCCACCGAUUCACACAAUCUUAAAGAAGGGGUUUUAGAACUUACUCUUGUUUUUGUCUGAGAGAUUCCUACAAACAGUUUUACGAUUUUGUG